GGCGCGGCGGGAGAGUGGGGAGCCGGCCGUCCCCCGCAGCCUGGGGAAGUUCUAGAAGUGAGGGGGAUGGGCAGGGAUCCCGCAAUCCGGCCCUGCUCCCGCCCGGCCUUUACCUGGCGCCCCUGGCCGCCGCUGAGGCCGAGCCGCGGGCCCGGGUGUGGGGCUUCACCCCGACCCCACCUCUGGCCGGGCCCGCGAGCCUCUCCAGCCCCCGGGGCCAGGCCUGCCCUCCACCCCCACAAACUGGUUUCUCUGCUUUGCUGGGCUCUGUUGGAACUAGUCCCUUGGACUCCCCGUUUCGGUGUGUUUUCCUGGGGCUUUAUUUUGCGGCGAGGGCACAGAGGAAGGUGGCUUUCUUCCUCUCUCCGCGCCCGCGCGCGCCAGGUUUCCUGCCCCAAGGCGGGCUGGGGUGCCCCCUCUGGCAGGAAGUGGGGCCGGUGCACCCGCGUGGCUGUGCAUGCGGUCGGUCGGGGUGCACGGGUUUCCCGCGCCUGCGAGAGCGCCCCUCCCCCCGCCCAUUCUGGCCCCUGCUCCCGCCGGUGGACCUGCAACGGCCAUGCAGGCACUUGCAGAGUCACCCCGGGACCCAGGGUGGAGCCGUGGCCACAGGGACUUCACCGAGCCUCCCGGCGGCAUCAGCCAUCGCUCCGCCUGCUCCAUAGAGAAGGAAGAUGAGCGAGUCUAGUUCCAAGUCCAGCCAGCCCCUGGCCUCCAAGCAGGAGAAGGACGGCACUGAGAAGCGAGGGCGGGGCCGGCCGAGGAAGCAGCCUCCGGUGAGUCCUGGCACCGCACUGGUAGGGAGCCAGAAGGAGCCCAGCGAAGUGCCAACACCUAAGAGACCUCGGGGCAGACCAAAGGGGAGCAAGAACAAGGGCGCUGCCAAGACCCGGAAAACCACCACGACUCCAGGGAGGAAGCCAAGGGGCAGACCCAAGAAACUGGAGAAGGAGGAAGAAGAGGGCAUCUCGCAGGAGUCCUCCGAGGAAGAGCAGUGACCGUGCCCCCUGCUUCCUCCCCGUGGAGCCGCUUCCUUCUGGGACUGGACAGCUCCGCUCCCCCUGCCCCGCCCCUCCCCCCGCCACCACCCGCCCGCCCGCCUGCACCGCCACACUACACAGCACACCAGCCGGGCCCUGGUGGCCCGAGUGGGGAACAGUUUUCCUUGGUCUCGAUUCCCAGCAUCCUCUCCCCCCACAAUGCAUUCCCCCCGGCAUCCUGACAAAGCUGACAUCCCACUUAGCUGCACCCAUGCCUGCUGCGUCCCUGCUCCCUGGGUGGUGGGGGCAUUGCUGACUGGGCUCCCGGUUUAGGGGGUCCCUUCCCCACUCUUACCUCUGGCUUCCCAUCAGGGGGCCUGGGAGGACUCCCCUGGCCUUAAAGGGGCCUGAGCCCCGUCUCUCUGACAUGCCCCCACUCCACUGUCCUGGCAGCAGCACCUGUGGCCAUGGAUAGGGUUGUUUGGCCCCCAGAUGACUCAACGAACCUGUGUCUCACCAGGUGUGGCUCACACCCACUUACCUGCCUUCCACGAGGCGCCUACCCCUGCGCUAGGUUGAACAGCGCCCCCCUGGGGCACAGGAGGGAAGGCAGGAGGGGUGUGAGCCUGACCCCAUCUGCUUCCACUCUGCCUCCAGUUUCCUCCCCCUCAUGGGGCCCUAGCAAGGAGCGAGCCUUGCCCACUCCCACCCCUGCUCCUCCCCACCCCCCAAGGUUCUGGUUCCAUCUUUCCUCUGUUCACAAACUACCUCUGGACAGUUGUGUUGUUUUUUUGUUCCAUGUUUCAUUCUUAGACAUCUUGUCAUUGCUGCUGCUACCAGCGCCAAAUGUUCACCCUCACUGCCUCCUGUUCUGCCCACACUCCCCUCCAAGAUGCUCUUGGGAAGGAGCCAGGGGCAAAGCAGACUGCCCCAGCCCCAGGGAAGGGGGGCUCUGCCCCUAGGAUGCUGCAGCAGAGUGAGCAGGGGGCCGGUGUUGACAGCGGAGUGUAGGGCCACCUUCUCCCCCGUUAUGCCGGGAGGGGGUAGCCAUUUGUCCCAGCCUGGGCCCCUCCCUCUGGUUUCCUAUUUGCAGUUACUUGAAUAAAAAUAUAUCCUUUUCUGGA